GUGCUAUUUGUGUUGGAGAAUUUUCCAACUGUGAUAGAGGUAGAGGGAGAAUGGAGUUCAAUAAAACUUAGCAUAUAUUCCUUGAUCAACCACUUUACUCAUAAGCCUCUUUAUUUCUUUUACACCAGCAAAAAUUUAGGAACAAUUAACACAUAAGAAUCACUCCGCACACAGAUACAAGUACUACUCUUGCCUUCCCACGCGAUACUAGUUUGGUCCGCGGUUGCUCCUGCACUCAUUCUUUCAGGAAUCAUGCACAAAUCGUUCAUUCAAAAUCUUGCAAAACUAUCAUCACUAUCAGUAAUUCUUGUUCUCCUCUUCUACUAUUUGGUUGUGAUGGUUUCUGCUACAGGACAUGGUGCAGGCUCUCAUGUGACUAAUCACGGUAUAGAGUCGGAUGACGAUGAUAUGAAGCCAGACGAGACAUCAUUAUCAGUGUCCGCGGGGAAACGAUUAGAGCCCCUGCAUAGCUCUACGGAAUACAGACUAGUAACAGCAUCUCAGGAGCUGGAAAUGGAAUUAGGAGCUGGUAAUUAUAAUAAGUCUAAGACGUGGUUGUUGUGGUCGCAACAACAGCAGCCUUUUCAGCUGUGUCUGGCUUGCAAGUGUUGUAUGUCCGCGGCAGAGCCCAGCAAAUGCACAAGCUUGCCCUGUUGCUUUGUUAUAGACUGUCAACUCCCUAAUAAGCCUUAUGGAGUUUGUGCUUUUGUACCCAAGACAUGUAACUGCACCUCUUGUGCUACUCCUUUGCUCUAAGCCUUAUAACAACGAACAACAAGAGCAAGAGCAGAGGAUUCAGAGUUUGAAAUUUAUGAAUUUCUUCGUUGAUCUCAAAUUGAUAUAAUAAUUAUGAUUGGAUUAGUGUCAAAUAUUUGUAAAUAUUUUGUUGAUUUCUUAACAUAUAUAUGUUUGGUUUUAAAAAGUGCGAAUGGAAAAUGAAGAGUUGCAACCUUUACGAAGAGUUGCCAUUUUUCUGAAAAGUUGUUACUUUUAUGAAAAGUUGCAACUUUUACGAAGGCUGUGGAUUUUUGGAAAAGUUGUGACCCUUCUAAUAAGGCACAAUAAACACAUGCUCACACUACCCUUUGUUGUCUA